AUGUUUGAUGAGGUAUCUUCAAACUGCCCAUUGGGAUUUCUGCUUAGUAAGUCUGCUACUCAAGAAUCUGCAAUCCCAGUGGAUUCAAAAGUAGAUGAUUACUUAAUACAAGGGACUGAGAAAAGCAAUUUGGAGCUGGUCACUCGAUUAUUUCAAGACACCAAGAAUAGAUUAGAAGACGCAAACCAAGAGAACUUUAGAAAACUUGAAGAGACCGGCACAAGAUCUCUUUCAGAGAAAGCUGUGGGCUCAGUGGAAUAAGUUAAAGAAAGCUAUGGAACAGAAAUGACAGAUGUGGAAUGA